CUCAAGAGACAGCUAGAACUUGUCAUGACGAAAAGAAUGAACUCGAGAGAAAGCAUGAAGAAGCAACACAAUUAAAUGGCAUACUAAUGGGAGAAAUAUCUGAACUUAAACAAGAGUUAGAUGUGAGUAACAACUUGCUGGAGGUUUCCAAAGAAAGAUAUGGUAGCUUGGAAAGAGAGUUUCAGCUGUUGAAAGAAGAAGAGAAUUCAUUGCGGAAAUCGGUCUCCGAAUCAUCUCAAAAGCUCAAAUUUGUAACUGAUCAAAAGGAAAACAUUUUGAAGGAAAUGAAAUAUGAAGUUCAAAGAAGGAAAGAUCUGGAAACGGAGAUUAAAAAAUUCAGUGUUGCUUUCGCUUCUCGACAGAGAUCACUUGCGUCGAUUCACGGUGAGUUCAAAUCUAAAAUCGAGAAAUUGGGAGCUGAAAAUCCAGUUCCCCUGCACAAGUCUGUACAGUAUUAAAGCAAAUCAAUUUCAUUUCUUUCGUUCGUC